AAUAUGUUUCAUAAAUGGCUAAUCAGUCUGAUUACUACAACAGAACGGAUACCACGGCUGCUAUCUGCGAAUCAUGUUUAAAAGUGCUGUGUUUAUUAAAAACCGGAUAAAUUUUACACAAAUAAGAUUAUCUCGGCACUUACAAACAGAUCAAGCGAGCUACUUACUAAAUCCAGGGCGUGAACCUUUGACCAGCGCAAAUUUAGGACAAGUUUUAGAAGAAAGCGUUAAGAAGUAUGCGGACAGAAUAGCGAUAAAAUCUAUUCAUGAAGACUUGAGUAUUACAUAUGAAGACUUACUUAAACAGGCAGACUCCUUGGGCCAUGCUUUACGACAGAAUGGCUUCGAAAAGGGCGAUCGAUUUGGUAUCUGGACCCACAACUGUGCAGGAUGGAUAGUGGCAACGUUAGCCGCUGCAAGAGCAGGGCUUAUAUCUGUACUAAUCAAUCCCCUCUACGAGAAACCAGAGUUAAGCUAUUGCAUAAAUAAAGCGGAAUUAAAAGGCAUUCUCAUUGGAGAUGAAAUAUCAAGUAGGAACUAUUACAGUAUGAUGGAACAGAUUAUACCUGAACUGGAGAAGUCGAAACCAGGCCAAAUAAGAUCGGAUAAAUUUCCAACACUCACCACUGUUGUAACUGCUGGAAAAAAUAAUUUACCAGGCACAUUCAGUCUACAUUCUUUAUCAAACGAUCACAAAAAUAAUAAUUAUGUAUCUCAAUAUGUCCAAGAAAUCGGAUCAGAAGAUGGCAGCAUUAUUCAUUUCACUUCAGGGACUACUGGAAAUCCGAAAGCCGGCCUAGACUCUCACCUGGGUCUUGUAAAUAAUACAUAUUAUACAGGAAUUAGAAACAGUUUUAACGAAGGACAUCAAAUUGUGUGUGUGCAAGUUCCACUAUUUCACGCAUUGGGCUCGGUAAUCACCACCAUAGGUGGACUCAGAAAUGGCGUCACUCUAGUUUUGGCGGCUCCGACCUAUAACGUGGCUGCCAAUAUAAAAGCAUUAUGUUCCGAAAAGUGUACGGCAAUUACUGGAACACCGACAAUGUACGUCGACAUUAUCUCACAAAUAAAAGACAAGGGAGAUUUACCAAUAAAAUUAAAAAUGGCGCUAGCGGCCGGUGCUCCUUGUAGUCCACAGCUUAUACAUCAAAUUGAGAAACAUCUUAAAGCAGAUUCAGUCAGAGCACUCUAUGGUAUGACUGAAACUACGGCGAGUGUAUUUCAAUCGCUUCCCACGGAUGGUGUGGACCUUGUAGCUGAGACUGUUGGAUAUUUGCAAGACCAUGUAGAAGUUCAAGUUGUCGAUCAGAACGGACAAAGAGUACCAUAUAAUCAACCUGGCGAAUUAAUGGUGCGUGGUUACCUUAAUAUGCUGAAGUAUUGGAAUGAUCCAGAAAAAACUAAACAGACACUAACACAUGACGGAUGGCUUCAUACAGGUGAUACAUUUACGAUAUCCCCGGAUGGAUAUGGCCGCAUAGUUGGUAGAAUUAAGGACAUCAUCGUUAGAGGAGGGGAGAAUAUAGCCCCAAAAGAGAUAGAAGACCUGUUGAACACGCACCCGGAUAUUAUUGAGAGUCAAGUCGUUGGAGUGGCAGAUGAAAGAUUGGGGGAAGAACUUUGUGCAGUAUUAAGGACACGAGAAAAUGUUGCUAUUGAUCUUCAAGAUAUAAGAUCGUUCUGUUCUGGAAAAAUUGCCAGGUUCAAAAUACCCAGAAUAAUAAAAACGUUAGAUGAAUUCCCCAAAACGGUUUCUGGAAAGAUACAAAAGUUUAGAUUAAAACAAAUGAUCGACUCCGGAAAGUUGUAAAUAAAUAUGUUUUCUAUUUA